AUGGACGAAGUGGGACCGGAUUAUUCCAAGUCGGGCUGCUACGAGUGGCUUCUGCCGUUUGCAGACCUCCAGCCUGUCUUUGAGAAGUUGGAGCUGGAGCGAGGCUUGGAGAGCUCAGUUGUCGUGGUCGGCUGCGGCACGUCGGACCUCUCCAAAGACCUCCAUCUCGCACUGGGCUUCCACCAAGUGCUGUCAAUAGACAACGACGAGGCGGUCAUCCGUCACAUGAAGGCGCGGCAUCGCGACCUCAAGGGCCUCACGUUUGCUUUGGGGGACCUCACCGUGUACAGCGAGGUGGUGGUAGACGGGAACGCCGACCUCGUGGUGGACAAGAGCACGCUGGACUGUCUACUUUGCAGCGAUGCUGCCGCUGGGCUGAUCUGUUGCGUCUAUCGCAUGCUGCGCGCAGGAGGCUUUUAUGUCGUCAUCUCCUUCCAUGACACGGACUUCUUGGUGUCCCUGCUGUCCAUGGCCUUCGACUUGAUAGGCCUCGUCGAUCUGCAACGACGAGUGGGACCCCCGGUUCGUGCACUAACGCUGCGCAAGAAAGAAAUCGAGGGCCUGGACGAGGUGUCGCCUCGCAGAGCCGUGCAGCAGCUGCGAGAGCAGCUGCGCGCUUUCGAGGCCGGGCGGCUGGAAGCCGCUCCGCUGCUCAGCUCGGAGCGGAAGCAGGCUCUGGAGGCCGCAUGGCCUCAUGACGAGACAGAUGCAAAGACCUUCCCGAUUCCUCUCUCAGUUGACGAGGCAUACGGCCUCCUUUUCACGGAUGCAGAGAAGCGCGAGUACGCGAAGGCCGACUUCCAAAGUGACCUGUCGGAUUUCCGGACGACGUCUGAAGCUGAUGCUGUGGCGGCCACGCUCCAGCUCGUGGAAAAGCUUGAGACGCUGCUCCGAAAGGAGUCGCAGACGGCUGAGAAGGGUGCCAGGGGCUCUGGCGUCAACAUCCCUGUGGGUACCAAGCCAGUGCAGACCUUGCUCCAAACCCUCGUGCGUGAGUGGGCGGCAGAAGGCCUGCAGGAGCGAAAGGCGUGCUUCGACAAGCUGCUAGGAGCUCUCGACAGCCACCUGACAAAGGCAGGUCGCGUGCUGGUCCCGGCAUGCUCCCUAGGUCGCUUGGCCUUCGAGGUCUCGUGCAGGGGGCACAGUGUGGAGGCCUGCGAGAGCCGGCUGUUGCAGUGGUUCGGCAUGGAGCUGCUACGGCAAAACGGUCAGGCGGAGGUGCUGCGACCACAGCCGUUUGCUCUCAACACCUGCAAUCGGCUGAAGUUUUCCGACAAUCACAGAGUAACGGCCAUGCCGGAUGUGACGAUCGAGGAAGGGCGACUACCUCGACAGCAUUUUGGCGAGUUCAUCACUCUCUACGACAGGUCGGAUGCCAAAGAAAGCUUCGACUGCCUCCUGACCUCUUAUGCGCUGGACCUGUGUCCAAACGUGUUCCGUUUUGUGCGCACAGCAGCUCAUGUGGUCAGACCUGGUGGUGUGCGUUUUCGUCGCUCUCCAGUCCGACGUGUCGCGCGUAUGGCGAGAGCAGGGCUCCUGGUGAAGCUUCUCGGGGAUGUGCUGGGCAAUGCCUUAACCGGCCACUACGAAAAAGGAAAGCCCACCAGCGAGGCACGAACCGCAGAGCGGAAGAAGAAUUGUUUGGAGUGCAUCACGAAACUGCUUGAAGCAGUGGUGGGUCCUGGCGACCUGUUGUCCUCCGACGUGAGAGCCGAGUUUGCUGCCGAAGCCUAUGCAGCCUGGGGCUCUUGCAAGGCGUGCAUCGCCGCUAAGCAGGCCAAGUUGCCACAGAAAGGCACCGAUUUUGCGAAGUACAACGAGAACGAGAUCGAGCACGACUUCACGACCUCGGGCCCUUUCCGAGCCUUUGCACAUGCAAUCGUGAAUCGUCAGCAGAAGCUUGAUGAGGGUUUCUUUCAGGCUUUCGUGGAGCGCUUGAAGCAAUUUGUGGGUGACCCGAAGCUGGGAGAUGACGACUUCCAGGCCAUGGCUAUUGAGCUCAACACCAUCGCAGCCCUCUGUGCCGGAGUUCGCGCUUUCUGCGCCGCCACCGGCUACGAGGCACCCCCUCUUCCGGCAAAGCCAAACCCUUGCAAGCCUGGCCGCUUCCUGCGGGUCUCGGACUAUUCGACAGGCCCCUUGCAAACUAACAGGGUCAUUGCUUGGGUGCCGACCCUUCCGGCAUCACAGCUUCGCAAGGAUGUGCCCGAGCGCUUCGGCAUCGAUGCAUCCAUGUGGGCUUUUGCAGGGGCGAACCCGCACGGCCCGACCUCAAAAGCCAGUGCCGCACCCCUAACAUGUUGGGAGUUCCUCAAAAUCAUGGAUGUAAUGUAUGUGCCCUUCCAGGAUGCCCCGCGAUUCCUCAAGGUACCAGGCAAGGAUCGCACGCUGAAUCGCGGCCAGUUGGAGGUUGCAGCUGCUGACUACACCUCUGGGAAGGCCUGCAACUUCUGA